CUGUAACAAACACAAACAAACAAAAACAAGAGAGAGAAAAUACAAAGGGGAGCGAGGUGGAAGAAGGAGAAAUAAGCAACAAAGGUCGCUUUUACUUCCCUCGAUAUUACAAAAAGAAGAAGCCAUUUCUAACAAUUUCGCAAUUUUCAACGCCAAAUCUUUCAUUUGUCUAGCUUUUCUCCAUGGAUCCGGUCCAGGCUCCUACUGAAAACUAUUCAAACCCGAAGACAUGCUUCUUUCAUGUAUUUUUCAAGGGUGCAGCUUUAGCAUUUUACAUUCUCUCUGCACUUUUCUUCGAUAACUUCGUGAUUAUCUUUGUGGUUACUGUUCUCCUUGCUGCUCUUGAUUUUUGGGUUGUCAAGAAUGUAAGUGGUCGCAUUUUGGUUGGUUUGAGGUGGUGGAAUGAAAUUAAUGAUUUGGGAGAAAGUAUCUGGAAGUUUGAAUCUCUUGAUCCUGAGUCAUUGGCUCGUAUGAACAAGAAGGACUCGUGGUUGUUUUGGUGGAGCCUUUAUCUCACAGCUGCUGCCUGGAUCAUUCUCGGAAUAUUUUCUCUGAUACGGUUUCAAGCGGAUUAUCUCCUUGUUGUAGCAGUGUGUUUGUCUCUCAGCAUUGCAAACAUUGUUGGUUUUACUAAAUGCCGCAAAGAUGCCAAGAAGCAAUUCCAACAAUUUGCCACCCAGACACUAACUUCUCAGUUUACAUCCACUAUACAAUCAGCCUUCAGUGUUGUGUGAAGCAGGAAAUUGACGUACGUGUGAUUUAUGCAUACAUGUCAAACUGUAGAAGAUAUUCAAAGCUGAAUACUUGAAGAAUUUGUCAGGGCCAGCUGCUGAUCAACUUAGUCUUGACUGAAUUCAUUUUUGGUGUCUAUUUUCUGUAAAGAUGCAGCUCGAAUUUCGUGAAUUCAUAAUGAUUUUGUAUAAACAACUAAAUUAGAUACUUGAAUCUUUUUUUCCUAUUCUCUGAAAGAUUGUCUAAUACCCCCCCCCCCCAACUCUCCAUUACUCUGUGCAAUGACCUUAUGCCACAUUCAUCUCAGAACUAGUUCCCGUCUCUGGUGCCUGUGUGCUCGUGAGGCUUGUCUAAUAGACCUAAUAUUCUCCUGCAA